GGAUAGAGUCUCCUGGGUGGAAGGAUGUAUAGGGGCAAUUUAACAGAUGAACAUACUCAGAACUUCUGGACACUCCCUUCUUCAUCACUAUGUUUCCAUCCACCUCGAACGGAGAGACCUUCCUCAAAGGUCACUGUGAUAAUAUUGUCGAUGCCUUGCGCUAUGAAGCAAGACGGAACACGGAGGGUAUUGUCGCCUAUCCGCUCAACGGCAUCAAUGACCCAUCGUCAGCGAAGCAAUUUUCUUACAAAGAUUUGCUGCAUCAAGCCGAGGGCAAUGCCAGUCGACUACGGCAGUGCGGAAUCUCCGCAUCGGGAGCAAUAGUGCUACUGCACUUUGAGACCAACCUCGACAGUAUCAUCUGGUACUGGUCUGUCCUCUUGACGGGUGCCAUUCCUGUUAUUACUGGGCCUGGGAUGUUCAGUCCAAAUGCGGGUGACAGAAAAAAGCACCUCAUUCAUCUUUACAACACACUUGGCGCGCCGAACUGUCUCACACGGGAAGCUCUGAAGGCUCCAUUUACAGAGCAAAGCGGACACAGGCGGAUUGAGUGCUUCACCAUAGAAGAUUUGGUUCGAAAUCCGGUCACCGACGCUGUUCCCGCAUUGCACCCAUCUCCGUCUGACGCCGUCGCUUUGAUGCUCACCUCCGGCAGCAGUGGGCAGGCUAAAGCAGUGCCGCUUACCCAUCGCCAGCUGCUAGCGGCCUUCCGAGGGAAGUCAGCAGUGGCGAAGCUACGGCAUCCUCAAAGCCCAUUUUUAUCCUGGGUGCACAUGGAUCAUGUUGCGAACUUCGUUCAUUGUCACCUCUUCGCCAUCGUAUCUGGGAUUUCGCAAAUUCAGGUUUCUGCUGUCGAUGUUCUAGUCGAUCCGGUGCAGUGGCUGAACCUCCUUAGCCGGCAUCGCGUGUCGCGUACAUUUGCACCUAACUUCCUCUUUUCCAAGCUGCGACGGCAGCUUGCUGCUGGAAGAACCGAUGGUUUAGACGCAGAACUGAAUCUCGAGACACUCUAUCUAGACACAGGGGGCGAGGCAAAUGUUAUUCAGGUUUGCGUGGCGCUUCAAGAGCUUCUUAAACCAUACGGAAUUCCCGAAGAUGUUUUCAAACCUUCCUUCGGCAUGACAGAGACGUGUGCCGGGUGCAUCUUCAACUUUAGCUGUCCCAGCGGUGAUCGUGGGGAGAAUUAUGAGUUCGCGUCUCUGGGCCAGCCAAUGCCCGGGGUUCGAAUGCGGAUUGUCCGUCUCGAUGGGUCCGGGGAGGAAGCUGCGUCCGGUGAGCGAGGCAGUCUGGAAGUGACGGGUGAAGCUAUCUUCAAAGGUUAUCAUAACAAUGAGACGGCUACAGCCGAGGCCUUCACUCAGGACGGCUGGUUCCGAACAGGCGAUCUUGCCUAUAUUGACUCCAAGGGAAACUUGCAUCUAGAUGGCCGAACGAAAGAGAUGAUAAAUAUCAACGGUGUCAAAUACCUGCCUCACGAGCUGGACGCAGCACUGGAGCAGGCUGAGAUUCCAGGCGCGACGCCGAGCUAUUUCUGUUGCUUUGGUACCCGUGAUGCUACCAUGGAUACCGAAGUCGUGACAGUAUUAUACUUGCCCUCUUUUGACGAAGACAAUGACAGGUCGAGAUUUGAGACCCAUAGCAGUAUCAUCCGGGUGGCCAGUCUACACACUCAUUCCCGUCCUCGGGUAGUGCCAUUGGGUCUCCAAGAUAUGCCCAAGAGUACGUUGGGCAAGCUUUCCCGCACAAAGCUGCAAGCAGCUCUUGAGGGUGAUCAAUUUAUCGAACAACAAGCACGUAACGAUGCAGCGAUCAAACGUUAUCGCCAGCAAACACACGGUGAGAUUGAGACGACGGAGGAAGCCGUUGUUCUUGACAUUGUUCGAGACCAGCUCGAGGUAUCUGCAGAGGAUGACUUCGGGGUGCACGACUCAGUACUUGGCACGGGGGCAACUUCUAUGGACCUGGUGGCCAUCAUGCAGCGCAUAAACCGAAAGCUCGGCCUUUGCCCAGCAUUGCGUCUUACAGACGUGCUCAACCACCCCACCGUUAAGGGUCUUGCGAGCCGCAUUGCCGUUACUACCGGGCAGACACCUCACGAAUAUGAUCCAGUCGUCACGCUUCAACCGUUCGGCCAUAAGACGCCGCUCUGGCUGGUCCAUCCUGGCGUUGGUGAAGUGCUUGUGUUCGUCACGCUAGCCCACCACCUCACCGACCGCCCCGUGUACGCUUUCCGAGCGAAGGGCUUCAACGCGGCAGAAGGUGAGACACCGUUCAAGUCACUGAAUGAACUCUUUGAGACGUAUCGCUUGGCCAUCAAGAAGCGUCAACCGCAAGGGCCAUACGCGAUUGCUGGCUACUCAUUCGGCGGCAUGGUAGCUUUCGAAGUCACUAAAUUGCUGGAGCGGGAUGGGGAUGAGGUGCGCUAUUGUGGUAGCUGGAACUUGCCACCGCAUAUUAAAUUCCGUAUGCGCGAACUGUUGUGGGACGAGUGCGUUAUCCAUCUCUUCUACUUCGUCGGCCUGAUGGACGAGGCUACGGCAUAUACACAUAAACCUGCUCUAUGCGCCUUCGAGCGGGAAAAUCGUCGAUUGGACGCAAUCCGCUAUCUCCGUCAGCACUGUGAUGCAGCCCGCUGGGAUGAGCUGGGCCUGCCGGAGGAAUACUACCUCCUGUGGGUCGGCCUAGCUUCAAACAUGCAGGGCAUGGCUAUUGACUACGAGCCUGAAGGCAGUGUGCAUUCCAUGGACGUCUUUGUUGCCGACCCCUUAAGCCAUGUGGCAAAAGAUCGGAAGGACUGGGUCGAGAGUCGGCUGGCGGCGUGGAAGGAUUUUGUGCGAGAGGAUGUUCGCUUUCAUGAUGUUCAAGGGGCCCACUAUACCAUGUUGAACCCGGAAUACGUAGCGAAUUUUGCGAACACGUUGAGGACCGUACUGAAGGACCGUGGGGUAUAG